AUGGCUAAAGUCACAUUGCCGCUCUCGUUCCCUUUAUUUUGUCACCUUCCUUCGAAACCAGCCAUAUCAUCAUCAUCAUCAUCAUCAUAUGCUUCAAUAUUAUUGAGAGCCACCAUAAAAGGAAAGCAGAAGGAACCCAUCAGUAUAAUCCCAACUAGCUGGUUUCACGCAUUGAGUAAAGGCUCAAUCUUUACCAAUUAAUAUCAACCCAUGACUCCCUCUUCUUCUUUUGUUUUUAUGGUAAUUUGUUGAGGGAGUAAAGGGUGGUGGUAUAUAUUUGAGUACUAUUUUGGCUGUGUUUGAAUUAAGUUUUGUUCCAGUGCUAUGGAUCUUGGGAAUUCUUGGGGGAGGACAAGUACUAGCCGUAGCAGUAUUGUCAACUUCCACUAUAAAUCUAGUACUACUUGCUUUUCCAGAUACUUAAGUUCACCGUCAUCAGCUGCUAUCUUGUCUACUGGCAGUUCAAUUUCAGUUACCAAAAUGGCUUCUUUUAAUCCCUCCAUUAAACCCUCUUCUCCUUUUUUCAAUUCCAGCAGCUCUUCUGCUUUAUUUGUCUAAAAAGAGAGCACAUUUUGAUAAACUCCUUUUCUUCCCUUUUUUUUCACUUUUUUUCCCUCUCUCUCUCUCUCUCUUUUCCUGAAAAGUUUUGAACUUUAUUGGGAUUUUGUUUCAAGGAAGCAAGAAAAAUGAUGUGUGUGUCAUUACCUGGGUUGGCUAAUCAACAGAUGAUGAAGGCUACUGCUGUCAAUGCAUCUUCAACAGCUAUGGCUUCUUUGGGGAUUUUUAGCAGGUGUGAUUUUGAUGGUCAUGGUGGUGCAUGUUGGAUUGGAAAUGAAAAAGGGAAGAGGAAUCAAUUGACUGCUACAACAACUGCAAAGGCACCCAAGAAGAGGAGGUUGAGCAUUUCACCUCUGGCUUCUUCUGCUUUGGCAGAUAAUCAAAACUCGUCUAGAGCUAAUUUCUAUCAGGAGGUGCUUAAGACUGCUAGGGAAAAGUUUACCCAGGAGAUAUCUUUCCAGUCCAAGGACAAAGAUAUCUCCCUUGCAAAGGCUUUGCUUUAUGUCGCUGCUGAAGAUGAGGCUUUUAUGUCAUUCAACCGGGAGAUGGAUGCACAGUCCCUCCAAAAGGAAAGGAGAGAAACUUUACCACUGCAUGAUGUGGAAGAUUGGGAUUGCGUGGAGGCUUUGCCUCUUGCUGGAAAGAGCAUAAGUCAGUGGCUAGCUGAGUUGGAUGCUAUUGCAAAGGAAGUGGAGGCAGAACUAGUUGAAAGAGAAAUUGGAUGUCAUUUGGUUGAAGUUUUGGAGGCUGUAAACACAGUACUAUUCAAGUCAAGGGGCUUCAAGAGGUCACCUGUACUGAUAGAUUCAAAGUGUGCAUACUUGCACACAGUAUUAAGUUCUGGAUGCUGUAGUGCAAUUUUGCUUAGCGUCAUUUACAUUGAGGUUUGUCGUAGACUUAAACUGACCAUUGUGGGAUCUCGAGUUGGGGAAGAAUUUUUGAUAUGGCCUCCAACUGGGAACCCUGAGGAGCUAUUCAGAGUAACCUCUGGACACAGCUUGUUUGGGGUUGUUAAUGGAAAGUGCGUUAAUGACCCAAGGUCAAAGGCCUCAGACAUAAACAGCAACUCCCUUUCAGGGCUUGAAAUUGCAACUAACCGAGAUAUAAUUGGGAUUGCUUUGGCCAAUUUGAUUAGGCUUUACUGGAAACGAGCUUCAAGAACAAAUCAUGGAUUGAUGCUGACUUCUCCACUUAGGCCUGCUGACAAUCCUGAUGAGAAAUUUAACAAUAUUGAUAGUUCAAAUCGUCCUUUGUUGCGUCCACAAGAUCUAAGGCUGGCUAUCAUGGCUUCGCAAAGAUUGCUAAUAUUGCAGCCCCACAAUUGGGCAUUGAGGAGAGACUAUGGCAUGAUGUUGUACUAUAGUAGGGAAUAUGAGGAGGCAGUUCGGGAGCUUAGCAUUUGUAUGGUCUUUGCCCCAGAAGAAGAGUCAGAAGUUUUAGAACCAUUUGUUGAAAAAUUACAUUUACUGCAGCUUGAAUCAUCAUGGAAAUCUUUGGGGCAUAAAGGUCGGUUGUCAAUUUCUUGACUUGUUCCAGGGAUGUCCUUUUCCUGAAUCAUACAAAAUACAGCUCUUAAUAGAACGGAGUGUGUUCGAUUUAGCUGUAAUAUAUUUUACUCCAGUAGAUGUACCUGUGAACCAUGUUUCAGUUGCAUGGCUUUAGCAAUUGGAGCGAUUAGAUCGAUGUAUAUGUAUGAUAUAAAUAACUUGUAGAAACUUUGGGAAGCACUUGAGAAAUGGUCCAGAGUUAUCUAUUGACAAUUCUCUCAGGAAAGAUAUUUCUGUUGUGUCCA